CCUGCGCGCUCCCCGCGGUGCGCGGUAGCUGGGAAAGGGAAGCGAGGAGCCGGGCUGGACUCCCGGCGAGAUCGCGCGUGCGCUGUCGCGAGCUCGGCGUUGCCGGGGCGGCGGAGUUGGGGGCCGGCGGGUGUGUGUGUGUGAGAGCGCCGUGCGGGACGCGGGGCAAUGUUCCGAAAGGCCCGGCGGGUGAACGUGCGCAAGCGGAAUGACUCGGAGGAGGAGGAGCGAGAGCGCGAUGAGGAGCAGGAGCCCCCGCCGUUGCUGCCGCCGCCGCCUGGCCCCGGCGAGGAGCCUGGCCCUGGCCCGGGCCCCGGCGGUGGCGGAGGCGACAGGGCCCCAGCGGGCGAGUCCCUGCUGGGCCCGGGCCCGCCGCCGCCGCCGCCGGCCGCGCUGACCUCGGGGACGGAGGCCGGAGGCUGCCUCCUCGGCGGCGCGGAGCCCGGCAACGGGCUGAAGCCGCGCAAGAGGCCGCGCGAGAACAAAGAGGUCCCCCGGGCCAGCCUGCUCAGCUUCCAGGACGAGGACGAAGAAAAUGAAGAAGUUUUCAAAGUGAAGAAAUCAAGUUACAGCAAAAAGAUAGUAAAAUUGCUUAAGAAAGAGUAUAAAGAAGAUCUUGAAAAAUCGAAAAUUAAGACAGAACUCAACUCAUCAGCUGACAACGAGCCACCUUUGGACAAAGCAGGUCAUGUUAAGGACACCAUUCUAGAAGAUGGAGUUAUCAUCAGUGAACACGGGGAAGAUGAAAUGGAUAUGGAAAGUGAGAAGGAGGAAGAAAAGCCAAAGGCUGGCGGAGCCUUUUCAAAUGCUUUAUCUUCUUUAAACGUUCUCCGUCCAGGAGAAAUUCCAGAUGCAGCUUUUAUACAUGCGGCAAGGAAAAAGCGUCAGAUGGCCCGGGAAUUGGGAGAUUUCACUCCUCACGAUAGUGAGCCUGGGAAAGGCCGCCUUGUUAGAGAAGAUGAGAACGAUGCCAGCGAUGAUGAAGAUGAUGAUGAGAAACGCCGCAUAGUUUUUUCUGUGAAAGAAAAGUCACAGAGACAGAAAAUUGCAGAGGAAAUAGGUAUCGAGGGGAGUGAUGAUGAUGCUUUAGUAACUGGAGAACAGGAUGAAGAGCUCAGCCGAUGGGAGCAGGAGCAGAUAAGGAAAGGAAUCAAUAUCCCUCAGGUUCAAGCAAGUCAGCCCACGGAAGUGAACAUGUACUACCAGAACACCUACCAGACAAUGCCUUAUGGUUCAUCCUAUGGCAUUCCGUAUAGUUAUUCAGCCUAUGGAUCAUCCGAUGCCAAAUCUCAAAAAACAGAUAAUACAGUCCCUUUCAAAACUCCCAGUAAUGAGAUGACUCCCGUUACUAUUGAUUUGGUAAAGAAACAGCUUAAAGACAGGUUGGACGCCAUGAAAGAGCUCUACAAAACACACAGACUGCAGCACGAGAAACACCUGCAAAGCCGCGCGGACUCCACCAGGGCCAUUGAGAGAUUAGAAGGGUCUUCCGGGGGUACUGGUGAACGGUAUAAAUUUUUGCAAGAAAUGCGAGGGUAUGUCCAAGACUUGCUUGAGUGUUUCAGUGAAAAGGUGCCACUGAUUAAUGAACUUGAAUCAGCAAUACAUCAGCUGUACAAACAGCGAGCUUCCCGCCUUGUCCAAAGACGACAAGAUGAUAUUAAAGAUGAAUCUUCGGAGUUUUCAAGCCAUUCAAAUAAAGCUCUGAUGGCACCAAAUCUUGACUCCUUUGGACGAGAUCGGGCACUGUAUCAAGAGCAUGCCAAACGUCGGAUUGCAGAACGGGAGGCCAGGAGGACUCGUCGUAGACAAGCCAGAGAGCAGACUGGUAAGAUGGCAGAUCACCUUGAAGGCCUUUCCAGUGAUGAUGAAGAAACUUCUACGGAUAUCACAAAUUUCAAUCUGGAAAGAGAUCGCAUUUCAAAAGAGUCCAGCAAGGUUUUUGAAGAUGUCCUUGAAAGUUUCUAUUCAAUUGAUUGUAUUAAAUCCCAGUUUGAAGCUUGGCGUUCAAAAUACUACACAUCCUAUAAGCACGCCUACAUCGGCCUUUGUCUGCCGAAGCUGCUCAACCCCCUCAUACGGCUGCAGCUUCUCACGUGGACUCCACUUGAGGCAAAAUGUCGUGACUUUGAGAACAUGCUGUGGUUUGAAUCUUUGCUGUUUUACGGUUGUGAAGAACGAGAGCAAGAAAAGGACGAUGUCGAUGUCGCACUGUUGCCGACCAUUGUGGAAAAGGUGAUUCUUCCUAAACUAACAGUCAUUGCUGAAAAUAUGUGGGACCCCUUUUCUACAACACAGACUUCAAGAAUGGUUGGAAUUACUCUAAAAUUAAUAAAUGGAUAUCCUUCAGUGGUGAAUGCAGAAAACAAAAAUACACAGGUAUACCUAAAAGCACUUCUAUUAAGAAUGAGGAGAACUUUAGAUGAUGAUGUAUUCAUGCCCUUGUAUCCCAAAAAUGUCUUGGAAAAUAAAAAUUCUGGGCCUUACUUGUUUUUUCAACGACAGUUUUGGUCUUCAGUUAAGCUCUUAGGGAAUUUUCUUCAAUGGUAUGGCAUUUUCUCAAACAAAACUCUUCAGGAAUUAUCAAUAGAUGGUUUAUUAAAUAGAUACAUUCUCAUGGCUUUUCAGAAUUCAGAAUAUGGAGACGACAGCAUCAAAAAAGCCCAAAAUGUAAUUAAUUGUUUCCCCAAGCAGUGGUUCGUGAAUCUGAAAGGAGAAAGAACUAUUUCUCAGUUAGAAAACUUCUGUCGAUACCUUGUACACUUAGCAGAUACAAUUUACAGAAAUAGUAUUGGGUGCUCUGAUGUGGAAAAAAGAAAUGCAAGAGAAAACAUAAAACAGAUAGUAAAACUCCUUGCAAGUGUUCGAGCUCUGGAUCAUGCUAUGUCUGUUGCAAGUGACCACAAUGUGAAAGAAUUUAAGUCUUUGAUCGAAGGAAAAUAGAUCUAUGAGACUAAAAAAAGCCUAUUUGCUCUAAUACCAUUCCCAGUGUAAAAAUUUUGUAUAUAUGUAAAGUUUCUUAAACUGUAAAAUACUGACUCAUUUUAAUACAAAGAAUGUUAUUAAUAUUCAAUACUGUGUCCUUAAAUGCAAUUUCUUCAGAAUGAAAGGAAUUCAGAUUAUUUCUAGGAAGUAUAUGAAUGGUCUCCUUACUGCCUGCCAUACUUUGUUUACAGAAGUAUUUUAUAUGGUCAAUUAAAUUAACCCUCUCAGUUAAUUGUUCUCUGUAAAGGAUGUGUGCAGUAUAUAUUAUAUAGUUAUGCAUAUAUAUAUUUAUACCACCAUGGAGUUACUUUCACACUGGAAAUUUGGGUGUUUUUCUACAGAGUAAGCCUUUUAAGAGCAGAAAAAUUAUUCAGUAGCAAAUUGUCUUAGGGAAAUUACUACACUGUUGCAACAAAAGGGCUGGCAAGUGACUAAGUAUUCAUCACUUUGGUUAGCUGUUGCUGUCACUGAAGCUGUGCUGCCUUAAAAUUGAGAGUUGAGUGUGGACUUAGUCAUUGGUGAGUGGUGAACUUUCCUUCCUUGAGUUAGCAUUACAGUCAACUGUUUGUUUAAUGUGAGCUCUAAAUAAUAUAGGCAACAUAGGUUUCUGAAGAGAACACAGAUGUUUCAUUUUUGGAAGUAAUAGACCCACAACCUAACUCCAUGGUUUUGGGCUGAGUGUCCUGUCUCAUUCAUGAUUUUACUCCCUGACCAGCUUAAAAAAAUACAUGCAUUUGCAUUUUAGUAGUCUAGCGUUAUAUUUCAGAUCCCACACAUGUGAGUUAUAUAUGCAAUAAAGAACACAUUUUGCUGAUUCACCUCACCCAGGCAGUUUAAUAUCCAUGGUCUUCUAUAAUAUUUAUCUACUGCGCUUAGUUGCUCCGUCGUGUCUGACUCUUUGAGACCCCAUGGAUUGUAGCCUACCAGGUUCCUCUGUCCUUGGGGAUUCUCUAGGCUAAAAUACUGGAGUGAGUUGCCAUGCCCUCCUCCAGGGGAUCUUCCCAACCCAGGGAUUGAACCCAGGUCUCCCACAAUGCAGGUGGUUUCUUUACGACUGAACCACCAGGGAAGCCCUAUAAUAUUUAUACCAUGUUGUAAAUGUUCAGAGAACUUUUAUGCUUUCUGAUUCUGUGAUUUUCAAAAGAGGAACUUUUUGGAAAUUAAGAACUACUGUUUGAUAAUUGUAAUUAAGCUUUAGCCAAGCAUUAAAUUAAUUUUUAAAUAGAACCAUUGUUGUAUUUGGCUGGCGACUAAUUUUAGUUAGAGCAUUUCAAAUGACUAAUAAUAGUGAGAUCAUUAGCAUGAGUAUCCUUGGUCCAGUCAAAUACUGUUUAGAACAGUGUCAUGUACUCUUUGUUGCUCUUGUCAAUUUUAUCUUUAUUGUAGGAAAACAGCUUAUCCCUACAGAUUCAUUCUUAAUGAGUUUUGUUACAACCCAGUGACCUACUAAAUAGAAUUAAAAUAGAAGGCUUAUUCUCAACUUCAGUGUACUAAAAUAUAUAAACAUGUAUAUAUAUAUAUGAAAUGCACAUCAUUUGUGCCUUAAAUUUGUUUUUUGAAACCUAUUGGACUGAUUACUUUUCCUAUAUCUGCUUUUAAGGACUCGAAGUUAAACUCGGCUUCUUCAUCCUAUAAAAUUCAUCAGGCUCUUAUACUUUCAGGAGUGAGUUUGGUGUAAGGUGAAUUUAGCAUAGAACUGUGCAUUAAACAAGUAAUUCUCAUAUCUCAACCAGAAGUUUUUUAUUCCUGAAAUAGGUAAAGGACAUUCUUUCUUAGGAAGGAAAUUGUCAAAUGUUUAAAUUCAGAGGGUGACAUUUUAAUAAAGCUGAGGUUUUUGUCUUUCA